UGAUACUAAACUUUGUCAGAGGACAUAGACAGGUGUGUAGUCAGUGAGUAUUAAGUUACCUUUUGAGGAUGCCCUUUCAGUGUUAUGUAACAGAGUAAAUGGCUCUGAACACAAAAGUAAAGGAAAGAAAAAUGAGGAACUUGGAAUAAAAAGCUCUUAACCAGUAACUUGGUUUGUUUUCUAAGAUAAAAUCUCAUCAGCGACUUUUUGUUGUUGACUGAAAGGUAAUGGAUAUUUAAAACAUGCCCUUUAGUAUGAGUGAUGACAAAGUGAUUGCAAAUAUAUCCAUUUCAGCAGUAACAUAUUUUCUCUUUCAAUCAAUUCACAGCUGACGGAGAUCUCAAGUUUUCGUCAUCACCUCCUGAAACUGGAUUUUGAGGGUUCAGCGAUGGCUUUUCACCUCUAAGUUUUCCUCUCUUCAUAGUGAUCAUCAUAUAUUGAUUUGUAAUUAAGCAGGAUGUUUCAUCGCCAUGGGAUGACUGGUCAGUGAAACAGUGGCUGUCAGUAUUUUGCUGAAAUGUCCUGCUCGGAGGAGAUAUCUUAAACUGUAACUAACAGCAUCGACAGUUGCUACUUUUAUUGUUUUCACCUCAGUGGUCACACAGUCAUGGGCUUCUGUUCACCUGUGUGCAAGAUUUUGCGGAGGGGGAAGUAUUUUGUGCUGCUCCUUCUCUCGCUGUCAGUGCUGGCAUGGAUUGCAACAUUUUCAGGUGAAACAGUGAAAUCCCUUCAGGUUUCAUCUGCGACAACACGGACUCUUGUCAAAGAUAGAGACAGUCUGAGAGAUAAAGUUAACUCACCAGCACCAGACCGCUUAAAAACUCCACCACCAAAAGUCCAGUGCCCUCAGGAGUCACCACUGCUACAGGGGGCUCUGAAGCUGUCUUUUGAAUCCGCUCUGAAACUGAAGGACGUGGAGAUUGAAAACAAAGGAGUGACUGAAGGCGAGUAUGAGCCUCCAGAAUGUACAGCGAGGCAGAGCGUGGCCAUCCUCAUCCCUCAUCGUAACCGAGAGAGACACCUCCUCUACCUCCUGCACCACCUGCACCCCUUUCUGCAGAGGCAGCAGCUGCACUAUGCCAUUUAUGUCAUCCAGCAGGCUGGUGAUGCAACUUUUAACCGUGCCAAGUUACUGAAUGUUGGGUAUUUGGAGGCAAUGAAGGACUACAGUUGGGAGUGCUUCAUUUUCCAUGAUGUCGACCUGGUUCCUGAAAAUGAUUAUAAUUUAUACAUCUGUGACAAGCAGCCCAAACACUUGGUGGUUGGCAGGAAUGCCACCGGAUACAAGCUGCGUUACAAAGGCUACUUUGGAGGAGUUACAGCCAUGACCAAAGACCAGUUUCUUCAAGUGAAUGGAUUUUCAAACACUUACUGGGGUUGGGGUGGAGAAGAUGAUGACCUUCGCAUCAGGGUUGAGCUGCAGAAAAUGAAGAUUAUGCGGCCGCCCGCUGAAGUAGCUCGCUAUACCAUGGUGUUUCAUAAACGGGACAGUGGCAAUGAAAUCAACAAAGACAGGAUGAGGUUGUUGGGACGAACACCACAGGUAUGGAAAAAGGACGGACUUAACAGCUGCUCAUAUAAGACUUUGUCGAUAGAGAGGCUGCCUCUUUAUGUGAAUGUUACUGUGGACAUUGGUAAGCCACAGAGUUGAGAUUUCAAACAGGAAGCCCUGCUGUGACCAAAACAAACAUUUUAUGGUACAUUUUAUAGACACCUGAGUGCAGAAAAGCUGCUACAUGUGUGCAGGAUUAUAGCACAUAUCAAGCACACAAAAUGCACAUUGUUUUGUUUACAUAUUGAAAUUAAGCUUAGCUGACCACAGUUACUGAAGAAGUUGGCGGGCUCAUCUUUGCACAGUUUUGCAUAUCAUGCUGCCUUUAUUUACUCAUAUCAACACUAGUCCUUCUCCUUUUUUUUCCUUUUAUGCAGCCUGCCAAAACAUUUUUUAAAGAAACACUUUUCUUUGGCAAAACAAAGAAGCUGAUAAACUAGUCUUGGUAUUUUGGUACAUGCUAAAACACCCAUGUGUCAAUCUAAUUAAUAUACGCCUUAUUAUUUGCCUUUCUGACAUUUUUUUAAUAUAAAAGCCUGCAACGUGUGGACAAUGUGUAUUUUGUGUGCUUUCAUUUAUUGUUGCAGUGACUCUCCUUAAAGCACUGUACACCCAUUGUUCACCCACACAGUCACUGAUUUUUCUUAGUAAGACCUUCUCAGGACUUUAUGGGAGCAUGUAUUGACUGACGUAUUCCUUAUGCUCAUGGUACAUUUGUCACUCCUGUUAAGGAAGGACAGUCUGCACCUUUAAUACUUCUACUAGUACAUGUGUAUUGAUCAUGUGUUUCCCAGCUCCGACCCAGUUUAACUUGUGCAGAGGUCUGAUCAGAUAACUGAGUACACCUGGGAGUGUGUGCAGAGCCUAUGAGAUUUAAGUUAGUGAUAGGUUUGAUUCAAGGCUGCUUUGACUCUUAAAAUCUUAGUAGAGAUGUUAAUCACAAACCGUAGACAAUGUGUAAUUAUGUAAAGGGAACACUGGAUCAACUAGAUAAAGCUGUGUUAAUUGAUUAUUUUUUACCACUAGGUGGUAGAAAAGCUCCAAAAUACACUCACAGCGACAGAGCCUUGUUAAACUGUUGGUGUAUCACUUAUUAGAAACCUGUUGCCUUGUUGCAGUAACUAGAAAUUAGUCAGCUGCUUAUUUUACCCAACACUGCAAAGGAUUUACUGUUUCUGGUGUUUUGUUGAUAGCUGACCUUUUUUAAAAGUUGAAUGAAAGACAAAAAAUUUCCCAGCAAUCCUAGCAACGCCUAUCCAAUAUAAGCCUUCUCAUUACCAUAAUGUUGACUACUUUGCAUCACAAAGUAAGUGAUAGAAGAUAGAAAUACUAUUACUUUGAGAGGAAAAUGAUGAUAUAUAGAAAUUUUGCAUCAGUCCUUCAGCAGACAACAGGUGGAGCAUGUGCAUAAUACUUGGAAGACUUACUGUGCAGGAUUUGUCGGUUGGUGUUUGUAAACACAACAUUCACAUUUGGCCUCACUACCCCGGCUCAACGGCACCAGGAGUGCAUGCCCGUCCACUGUGGCCUUUCUGGUGUGUGUGUAGCUCAGCCCCACCCUCGCUCAAACAUAUAGACAGAGAGUAGAGGAGAGAGACGGAGAAGCAAACAUCCCAUUCUCGCCCCUCUAGAGUGCGCCAGUGUCCCUGGUUUGUGUUCAUCGUAAUUAUUAUGUAACUACAAUGUAAAAUUUCAGCAGUGGUGUUCAUCAUUUAGUAGGUGCACUGCCCCUUUGUUGAAAGCAUUUAGGGGAAAAUUGAAGCACAUUAAGAAAAACACAGCGACAUAACCUUGUUACGUUUUUAUCCUGACCUCACACCCUGCGUGCUGUUACUGUCUGGGGGCUAAACACCCGUCAUCCACAGGCUGACACUUGGAAAUGUCCUGAACAAACAUUUUUUUAGGAGAAUCCUGCACAGUAUGCCUUUUUAAAGAAACCCUUGCGCUCUUUUAUUAUUAUUGUUGUUAUUAUUAUUAAUAAUUUUUUUUAGAAAAACUCAAGGACCAUUGAAAAGCAAUAAAAUAUAUGUGGGGUUCAUCAUAUCAAGUGAUAUUCUAUUGUAAUAUGUUAUAAUGAAAAAGCUGAUCGUGAAAUUGUUAAUGCUUUACUGUAGGUCUUAUUGACAGCAGACAUGUUGACGCAUCAUAGCAGGAAUUACAGAGGUCUUAGUAAUGAUAUUAAUGAUGGCUCAGUUAGAUACAUCUCUGUAUUUCCUGCUAUGACAUUUCAAAAUGGCUGUGAUGAGAAAAUCCUAUUAGAAGUUUACUUGUAGGAAUUGGUGGUCGCUGUAAACUUCCAGCUGACCUAUAAUAAAAUGUAAUUAUAAUUAUUAUUAUUAUUAUUAUUGUUCUUAGCAUUACACUAAAGAGGCGUUGGUUGCCUUUAUUUACAGAUCUUGAGGACCCUGACGAUCCUCAGAUGUUUUUGUCUUGAAAAGUUGUUUAUUGAGCCAUAAUAAUACAAUAUGAUUUCUUAUAUUGCAUGUUUUUAUAUAAGGCCUUACAUGCUUGAUUUUUAAAAGCAAGAUUUGAUGGGUGGUGGAUUCUUAUUUAUUAUUUUAACAGUUUCUAAAUUAUAAUCACUGUCUUUUGAAUCCAAUCAAAAUGACAUUAUCUUAUUAUAUAGUAAGAAAUGUAAGCCUAGAGAAAUCUGCAUAGCUAUGCUCUCAUCAUUGCAUGUGACUGAUGCUCAUAUCAGAUGAUUAAAUGAUUUAAUUAUUAUUUGUGAAGUAGUGUAGCUGCUGGGUAUGUUGUCUGACCAGCAAAUCAUACUCUUUUGAAGACUGAGCAAUAUUACUAACUAUACUGACAAACAUGGUCAGUUUACAUGAGCCACUCCUCUUUAUAUGUUCAUAUUCAUUGCCGUUAGAGUAGAGCUUCAUAGUAACUACAGUUUGUUCAGAAGUUUCUGCGUGUGUGUAAACUCUUGAUAAAUUUCCCUUCAUAAAUCGGCAGUACACUGUAGCCAUUAUGAAGCUCUUGAAGGAGACUGAGCAUUGUUUAAGAAAUACAUUUUAAAUACCAGAGUGUACGUUUUCUAUGUUACUGCUGACUGUCUGUUCAUUUCAUGUUCGCAUCUCCACUCCUGAAUUGGGGUAUUUUUUUUCUACUUUGGGUUCAAAACUUUUAUAUGUGAAAAUAUUGUAAGUUAAAAUACAGCUUCUCAAUAUGAUAUUUCAUUAACAUUGUAAUUUUAAUUUGUACUUUAUAUGAAUCAUUUAAAAAUGAAAUUCAAUGUGAUGCCAUAUUUUAGGGAGAUUCCUUUGUAUGUUGAUUUUGGAUGAUGUCAUGUUUUGUUUGUUUAUUGGAGAAGACAGAUCAUGGCAGAGAGGGUGAUUAUGCAUUUCAUUACUCAAUGACUAUUUUCUCUCUAGAACACAUGUAUAAUAAAUAGUAUUUUUCUUACCAAUUGUCUUAUGGUUUUAUGGUUUUCAGGGCAUGCAUGGCCUCAAAUUUGGCUUUAUCUGAUAAGAUAUGCAGUAUUUUGUUUGCAACAACCAU